GCCCAUCGCCAUCCUCAACGCCUGUCAUCGACUUCCGAUCAAGCACGGCGGGCAGCGGCCCCGACCCCCACCACCAUGAAGCCCGUCUUCGACGCCGUCAAGGGGUCGCUCCGCCGCGAGCUCACCUUCGACCAGCUCUACAACAAGUUCAGAACCCUGAAGCACCGGUACUACAGGACCGUGCAGUCCGGCGUGGGCCCCACGGAGUUCGACCGGGCCUUCUUCGACCUCUCGGUCCGCGCUUGGGGCGAGAAGAAGCCGAGGGAGGCCGAGCCGAAGGUCGAGAAUCGGGAUGAUGGUGAUCAGCAGGUUGAGGAAGAGGAGCAGGAGGAGGGGGAGGAGGAGGAGAAGGAGAAUUAUGAUGAUUACGAUCCUGGUGAUUCCUUCAAGUAUUUGACCGAUCAGAUGACUAAGUACUUUAAAAGGGAGGGGCUUUCUUUGGCAAUGUUGGAAUUGGGAUUGAAGCAUAUGGAUAGAUCAAAGGCGGCCGCUUUGGAGAAGAAAUGGAGGGAGCACUUUCAAGAGGAGUUGAAGAUCGAAGCUGAGUACUGUGAUUUGAAAAGAGAACUUCUUGAUGCUCUUGUUGCAGGCCAAAAGGGCGCGAAUUCGUGAGGAUUUCUUUUUCAGAUUUGGGAAUUCAAGUAGGGUAUGAGCUGCGAAGCUGAAGACCGUUGCUGAAGAGAAGGGCUGAAUCCAAUCAUCCAGAUUGAAGACGAAGGUGUUGGUGGGAACUUCUGUAUUUCCUUGUUUUUGGUUGUAGUACAUAUACUGUUGAAAUUGUUUUUGAGACACUUUUUAGUUUUAUUUUGGGCGCCAUGAGCUGGGGGCCUAUCAGCUCAUGAAACAAUUGUUACCUUGGUUGUGUUUGCUUCCUCGGUUUUUCA